AUGGGGUUCAGUGUGAAUGUUAUUCUGUUCUUAGCCUUGCAUCUCUUGCCUAGAGUGAAGAGCUCAAUGGUGAGUUUUAGUAAUAACGGCUAUGAUGGCAUUGUCAUUGCAAUUAACCCCAGUGUACCAGAAGAUGAAAAACUUAUUCAAAACAUAAAGGAAAUGGUAACUGAAGCUUCUACUUACCUGUUUCAUGCCACCCAACAAAGAGCUUAUUUCAGGAAUGUAAAGAUUUUAAUUCCAAUGACCUGGAAGUCAAAAUCUGAGUACUUAAUGCCAAAACAAGAAUCAUAUGACCAGGCAGAUGUCAUAAUUGCUAAUCCUUAUCUGAAAUAUGGAGAUGAUCCCUAUACACUUCAAUAUGGACAAUGUGGAGAAAAAGGACAAUAUAUACAUUUUACCCCAAACUUCUUGCUGACUAAUAAUUUGCCUAUGUAUGGGCCCCGAGGCAGAGUAUUUGUCCAUGAGUGGGCCCAUCUCCGGUGGGGAGUAUUUGAUGAGUAUAACAUGGACCGGCCAUUCUAUAUUUCUGAAAAGAACACUAUUGAAGCAACAAGAUGUUCCACUCAUAUUACUGGUACUAAUGUGGUUUUCAAGGAAUGCAGUGGGGGCAGCUGUAUAACAAGGCCAUGCCGACGUGACUCACAGACAGGGUUGUAUGAAGCAAAAUGUACAUUUAUCCCAAACAAGUCCCAGACUGCAAAGGAAUCCAUAAUGUUUAUGCAAAAUCUAGAGUCUGUAAGUACCUUCUAUUUUGAGAUUCUCAGAAACACACAUAAAGACGCUCCAAACCUACAAAACAAAAUGUGCGAUCACAAAGCCUGGGAUGUAAUCAUGGUUUCAUGAUUUUCGGAAUGUAUCUCCAUGAGAGGAACGAAUCUACCACCUCAUCCUACAAUUUCAUUGCUCAAGUCCAAAGCGAUAGUCUGUGUUAGUACUGAUAAAUCUGGAAGCAUGCACACAGAAGACCGUCUCUUUCGAAUGAAUCAAGCGGCAGAACUGUACUUGAUUCAAAUUAUUGAAAAGGAAUCCUUGGUCGGGAUGGUCACAUUUGACAGUUCUGCUAAAAUCCAAAAUAAUCUUACAAAAAUAACUGAUGAUAACACUUACCAAAGUAUCACUGCAAACCUGCCUCAAGUAGCUAGUGGUGGAACUUCGAUUUGCGAUGGACUCAAAGCAGGAUUCCAGGUAAUUACCCAAAGUAACCAGAGUACUUCUGGUUCUGAAAUCAUAUUACUAACAGAUGGGGAAGACAAUCAAAUAAGCUCAUGCUUUGAAGAGGUAAAACAAAGUGGUGCAAUCAUUCACACCAUUGCUCUGGGACCGUCUGCUGCCAAAGAACUAGAGACUCUGUCAAAUAUGACAGGAGGACAUCAGUUUUUUGCCAAUGAAGACAUAAAUGGACUUACUGAUGCUUUCAGCAGAAUUUCAUCUAGAAGCGGCGACAUCUCUCAGCAAGCUCUUCAGUUGGAAAGUAGAGCCUUGAAUAUUACAGGGAAGAAAUGGAUAAAUGGUACAGUGCCUGUGGAUAAUACAGUUGGAAAUGAUACUUUCUUUGUUGUCACAUGGACAAUACAAAAGCCAGAAAUUCUUCUUCAAGAUCCAAAAGGAAAAAAAUAUAAUACCUCAGAUUUCAAAGAAGAUCAACUAAAUUUUCGAUCUGCCCGUCUUCAGAUACCAGGUAUUGCAGAGACAGGCACUUGGAUUUACAGUCUUCUAAAUAAGCAUGCCAAAUCUCAAUUGCUAACGGUGACAAUGACCACUCGAGCAAGAAGCCCCACCACAGUCCCAAUAAUUACAACUGCUCACAUGAGUCAAAAUACAGCUCAUUACCCUAGCCCAAUGAUUGUUUAUGCACGAGUCAGUCAAGGAUUUUUGCCUGUUCUGGGAAUCAAUGUAACAGCUAUUAUAGAAACUGAAGAUGGACAUCAAGUAACAUUGGAGCUCUGGGACAAUGGUGCAGGUGCUGAUACUGUCAAGAAUGAUGGCAUCUACUCAAGGUAUUUUACAGAGUACCAUGGAAAUGGUAGAUACAGUUUAAAAGUACACGCCCAGGCAAGAAAAAAUGCAGCUAGGCUAAGUUUAAGACAACGACAAAACAAAGCUCUGUAUAUACCAGGCUAUGUUGAAAAUGGUAAAAUUAUACUGAACCCACCCAGACCUGAAGUCAAAGAUGAGAUGGCAGAAGCUGAAGUAGAAAACUUCAGUAGAGUAAGCUCCGGAGGGUCAUUUACUGUAUCAGGAGCGCCUCCUAAUGGUGAUCAUACUGCUGUGUUCCCACCUGGCAAAAUUACAGACCUUGAGGCUAAGUUUAGAAGCGAUCAUAUUCAACUUUCAUGGACCGCCCCUGGCAAGGUCCUCGAUAAAGGAAAAGCUGACAGAUACAUUAUAAGAACAAGUAAGCAUUUUCUGAACCACCAAGAAGAUUUUGACAAUGCUACUUUAAUAAAUACUUCUGGUCUGAUACCUAAGGCAGCUGGCUCAAGAGAAAAUUUUGAAUUUAAACCAGAACAUUCUAAAAUAGAAAAUGGCACCAAAUUCUAUAUUGCAAUUCAAGCCAUCGGUGAAGCCAAUCUCACCUCAGAGAUUUCUAACAUUGCACUAGCAACUAAGCUUAUUCCUCCACAGGAACCCAGUGUCCCUGCUCUAGGUGCCAAUAUUUCUGCAAUCAGUUUGGCAGUUUUUGGAUUAGUUGUUAUUUUAUCUAUAUUUUAA